AUGACCGUGCCUAUUUUUAGUAACCCUGCUAUUUCUAGCACCAGCACCAGUGCGUUCUCCAGUGCGGGCAGCAGGGCGAGAGCUGCUGCGAGUUCGGAUGCUGAGUCUGCGAGACUCGUGCGUCCACUGGGGGGAAGGAGGACAGAUGAACAGCUUCACCUUGCUCCCGCCUCUGCUACCGGCAAAUCUGCGACCCCGUCGGCUUCGGCUGCUUCGUCCUCUCUCGCGGCGGCUGCUGCGGCGGCCAUUGCGGAGUACAACGCGCUCGUGGAGCAGAGCGUCGCAGCAGCACCUGACAAAACACCUGAAGAAACGCCUGAGGAAACGCCUGAGGAAACACCUGGAGCUGCAAGGGUGGCCGUGCCUGCGUGCACGACGCACGACGGUGCAACAGGACCCAUUCGUCCGCAUGUGCCCCUACCCCAGAAGGUACUAACACGAACGGUGUCAGACCCUGGGGGUGGUACCCCUGCCAAGACACAGCAAGCAAUUGAAACCGCUGUAGCGGCAGGUGGUGAGGGUGAGGGAGGCACGCGUAAUGAGGAAGGUGGGCAGGGUGGGAGUAAUGGCGGUGGUGGUGGUAACAGUGGUGGUGGGGGUCGCGGUAGUGGUAAUGGUGGGGGGCUGCUGAAGUGGCUGUCGUGGGGUAAGGCGAAGUUAGGCGGAAAGGGAAACUCUAAGCGGCGCAAGGGGAAGGAGGAGCAGCAAGGCAGCAGCGAGGAAGCGAAGGGGCGGGCUGCGGAGGAGAUUAAAGGGCGGGAUCAUGGUAGUGAGGCGAGGGGCGGCGGCGGCGGCGGCGGCGGCGGCGGCGGCGGUGGUGGCGAUGCACGGGGAGGGGGGGUUGGAUGGGUAGGUUCUGGUAGUGGUGCUGUCGUCGUUGGUGGUGGUGGCGGUGGUGGUGGCGGUGGUGGUGGUACUGGUGAUGUUGGUGGUGCUGGUGAUGAUUCCUUCUCUGCCGCGAACUCUGCUUCAAGAGCUACUUUGGACACGUGGCUGCACGAGACCGAGGUGCAUGAGGAUGGGAAUGACGUGGAGGAUGCUGACGUGGAAGGAUUAGGUGAUGAUGAGGUGGAACAGAGGGUUGCUGAAUGGGGGGCUGUGCUGGUUGGGGAGGAGGAGGAGGAGGAGGUGGAGAAGGAGAAAAAGGAAGGGGAGGAGAAAGGGCAGGAAGAGAGGGAGGACGAUGAGAAAGAGGAGAAAGAUGAGGGAGAAGAAAUAGGGGAGGAGGAGGAGGAGGAGGAGGAGGAGGAGGAGGAGCAGGAGGAUAAGGAGGAGGAGGAGGAGCAGGAGGAUGAGGAGGAGGAGGAGGAUGAGGAGGAGGAGGAGGAGGAGGAGGAGGAGGAGGAUGAGGAGGAGGAGGAGGAGGAGGAGGAGGAUGAGGAGGAGGAGGAUGAGGAGGAGGAGGAGGAGGAUGGGCAUGAAACGGAGAUGGAGGAUACCACCACCAGGGGUGCAGUCCCGGAUAAAGCAGGUGAAAGGUGUUACUCUGCCGGCCAAGGUGAAGGGGGAGAUGGGGAGAAGGAAGGAGGAGAGAGCGCGAGAGAGAGGGAAGAGGAGGAGGUGGAGGGGAAGGGGGAGAGGAAAGCGGAUGGGAGAGGGGUAGAUGAGGGGGAGGAGGAGAGUGAGGGAGGGCAGAGAAGUGAUGUGGUGGGAAUGGGUUCAGAAGGGUUUCACUUUGACGUGACUUGCAAUCAGGCGGAGGAGGACGACGAGGGGAGCGUUGACGGUGUAACUGCCAGGACUGCUGGAAACGCCUUUGAAACCAAGGCUCUACCAACCAGAGGCUUGAUUGGAGAGGAGGAGGGCGAGAAGGGAGAGGAGGAGAAAGAGGAGGAGGAAGAGGAGGAGGAAGAGGAGGAGGAGUUGAGGGAGAGACAGCAGCAGGAGUGGCAGCGGCAGUGGCAGCUGCAGCAGCGGCGGAUAGGCUUAGUGGUGUCAGGCGGAGAGGAUACAGAAGGGGGUGAUAUUAACGGGGGGAGUGGCAACAGAGGGGGAGGCAGCAGAGGCAAAGGGCAGGGAGAUACUGCAAAGGGAACAAGACAAUCGGCACCCUCAUCCCCAGCACGAGACGACUCGUGUGUGUCGUUUGCGCAGUGGGUGCAUCUGCGCGGUUCCCCCUCCCGCGGUUCCCCCUCCCGCGCGUCCUCCGCCGCGCACAGCCCCGCGCCUGGGCUCCCCAUGCGCGCGUCCGCCGCUGGCGCACGCGCAGCAGCUGCUGCUGCAGCCGCGCGCGCAGCAGGCGCUGGCGCGUCUGGCAGGGGAGUGGGCGGAACCGGGGGGCGGAAUCGCGCAGGAGGAGCUACAGGAAGCGAUUCUAUUGGUUGGGAGAGCAGAGGAGGAGGGAGCGUGGGGGGAAGUGAGGAGGAAGGGAGUGUGUUUUUCGAGUCGACUCCAAAAUCAGCUCUUUUCUCGGAGAAUCAGGAGGAGGGGAUUAGUGGUGGUAACCAGGGUAGUUGUGCUAAUCCGUUUGCUGAAAUGCCCUCCGUCCCCUUCACAAGCACCAACCCGUUCCUGUGCAGCAGCGACUCGUUUGGAGACGAGCCUGGCAAGGGCAGCAGUGGGGGAUACGGUGCUGGCUGCUUUGGCGAAGUGGAAAGCGAAGUUGCUGGUUACCCUGUUAUGCUACCUCACAUUGACACUCCUGGAAUCGUCAACACGAAUCCGUUCGCAGCAGCAGCUGCAGCAGAGGCCGAGGAGGAGCAUACGUGGCAGGCGCAACUGGGGCAGGUGCUACCUGGGCAGGUGGUAUCUGGGCAGGUCGUAUCUGGGCAGGUCGUAUCUGGGCAGGUCAUAUCUGGGCAGGUCGUAUCUGGGCAGGUCGUCUCUGGGCAGGUUUCGGGUGCUAGUGCAAACGUCAGCAGCAAGACUCUACCACCGUCCCUCUGGCCUGCAUACCCUGCGUCCCCAUCCUCCCCCUCUCCUGUGUCCCGCCCUUCCCAGUCCCCUCCCCCUGUCCCUUCCGCCGCCCCUUCCCCUGCCCCUGCCCCUGCCCCUGCCCCUGCCCCUGCCCCUGCCCCUACAGUUGCCCCUACUCCUGCCCCUCCUUCUGCCCCUGCCCUGGCCUUUGUCCCUGCCCCUCCUCCUGCCCCUUGCCCUGCUCCUGCCACUUCCCCCGCCCUCUCCUGUGCUACUGUCACUGCUCCCACUUCUAUUGGCGCUUCCUCUAUAGUCACAAUCGCAGUUUCAGCCGAUCCUAAGAUUCCUGCAGUUGCAGGUGUGGAGAGCGGUGAAGGGAAAGACGAGAGCACUUCAGAGUCGACUCACAGGGAAGGAGAGAGCAGGGCGACGAGUGAGGGGCAGCAGGGGGCGGGCAGUGCAAGGGAAGACGAAAGGACUUUGGAGUCGACUCAAAGGGAAGGAGAGGGCAGGGCGAUGAAUGAGGGGCAGCAGGGGCCGGGCAGUGCAGGGAAGAAGCGAGUGCGGUUCAGAGCGGUGGGUGCAGAGGGGGAUGAGCCAGAGGAGGGUGGAAACCAAGCAAGGGAAGACGAUCACGCCAUGGGAGAAUCGCCCAGUGGUAACCAGACAGGGGCAUGUAACCAGACGAAAGGUGGUAACCAUCAGAGGGCUGGUUCGCCUGGGCGGGUGGGGACUGCACCCCUGGGUCUAUCGCAGCGCAUAUGCUGGGUGCCCGCUUCUAAAACUGCUGAUUCAGAUCGUGAGUCACCGGACCAGACACCGGUCUUGGGUCAACGAGUUGGUCCGGAGCAGGGGCGUCCUGAUGCUGCUGCGGUGGCUGCCGUGGCCGGGCAGGUUGCUGGUCGUCAAGAGAAGGAAGGGGAGGGAGGGACGGCAGAUGGAGAGGCGGCGGGAGGGGCGGCAGCGGGAGCAGCAGCACGGGUAGCAGCAAAGGCAGCUAUGGCUGCUAGGGGUAUCACUGGUGGUACUGCGGUCAGGAGUGGUACCAGCUGUGUUUCAGUCGAAAGCAGUGGUGGGAAGGAGGAGGCAAGAGGAGGGAAGGGCGAUGGUGGUGGUGGUGGGAGUUUGGAGAGAAGCAAUAGCAGCAACAGCAAGGGCAGCAGUAGAGGUGGGAGGGUGUGGGGGGGGAUGGGGAGGAGGGGGUAUGAGGUCGGGGGUUUGGAGGUGUGUGGGAGUGAUGGGGAUGAGGAGGAUGGGGGGGGACAGGCGAGGACAGGUGCAGAGGAGUGGGAGAAGGAAGGGAGUGUGAUAGGGGAGGGGAGUGUGGUGGGGGAGGGGAGUGUGAUGGGAGAAGAGAGUGUUGUUGGCGAGGGGAGGGUUUUUUGGGAGGGGAGUGUCGUGGAGAAAGAGGAGAGAGUGGAUGUGGUGUGUGAAAGGGUGGGAGGAGCGGAGGGAGGAAAAUGGAAGGAUGAGGUAGGGGGUGGAGGAAAGAUGGAAAUAGUACCAACCGGGCCUGGAGAGAGAGUGGUGAAAAGUGGGGUGGUUAAGGUGGAGGAGGGAAAAUCGAAGGGGAAUUUACCCCGAACGCCAUCCCCCCCUGCAGGGCCAAAGCCCAGUUUGUGUGGACGAGGAGGGAGAGGUGCUGCAGUGACCGGUGCCGGAGCAAGAGCAGGAGCAGGAGGAGGAGCAGUGGGAGCCGGAGCAGGAGGAGGAGCAGGAGGAGGAGCAGGAGGAGGAGCAGGAGGAGGAGCAGGAGGAGGAGCAGGAGAAGCAGGGGGGCGGAGUGGGCGGCGAGGGAAAGAGAACAGUGGAGAAGCUACUAUGGGCCAAGAAGAGGAUUCCAGGCCUGGAGAUGGGCUUGGGGAAGAGGACGGGUCUUACAGUGGGAGUGAACUAGAGGGAGGAAGUGCAUCAGAGGGAGGGAGUCCUCUAAAGGGAGGGAUAGCAUUAGGAGGAGCAGUAGAAGGAGGGAGCUCGCCAGGAGGAGGAAGGCCCCGUGUUCCCUCCCCUCCCACUGGUCCCCGCCCGAAAUCCCCCCUGGGGCAGCUGAACGCACGGAGGAAAGUGGCUCGCUCGCUCACAGUGGCGCUCAAUAAGAGCAUGUCCCUCCCCUCGCCAAAGGAGAGUGGCGGCGCGGAACGUGGCUCUGACAUUCGUUAUAUUGGAUCUUAG